CGCAAACGUUACCCGUUUUACAGUACGCUUCGUUCGAAGUCUUCCCCGAUUUUGCCGGUCCCCGUGCGAGACCGUGCGCAUGCGCUGCCUGCACUCCGUUCGGCAGGAAGUCACAGUGCCCGUCCCAUACAUAUACGCAGUCAUUUUGGACAGAAGGCUCACUUGCUCAUCGUUGUCUUUAGAGAAAGGUUAAACUACGAUUGCUGGCAAUAUACGAGUUACUCGGAGUGGUAUACGUGAAUUGGACGAGCCAUCGUUUGCAGGUUGUACAGCGACAUGGCGCGCCAACUUGGACUAGUCUUCCUCAAUUUCCUGGUGUUCAUUGCCUCUCAAAGUGCUGCCUCGUUCUUUGAUGCCUCGCCAACUAUACCCGGAAUCAGAUGUCCCUACCACCCAUCGACUAUCAUCAAGUACUUCCCCGUGGAUAUGACAUUUGCCAAAGCAACCUUACAUUGCAAGACGUUCAAUGCAAAGAUCGCAUCUAAGACCUCGUGCGUGCAGGACUUCCUGCGUCCCAGGGGCAGCUUUGCCUGGUUGGCCACCCAACACGGCCAUUUACAGUAUGCGAGUGACGAAAAACUUUAUGAUCUAACAUCUGACCCAGCACCCAAGCACAAGGUUGUGUGUGAACUUGAAUCGGGUAAGCUACUUUAACCAUAGGUCAGUGUUGUUCGCUUGCCUCACCAGCACAGGCUUGCUUUGCACCCCCUACUCUCC